GCGUCCAAGUACCUGAUGUUAAUCUGUUUGUAUUUUACCACUGUGUGUGUGUGUGUGUGUGUGUGUGUGUGUGUGUGUGUGCAGGGGGAUGGAACUGGGGUGUGCAGCAUCUACAGAGGUCCUUUUGCAGAUGAAAACUUCAAGAUGAAGCACUCCGCUCCAGGUCUCCUGGCUAUGGCUAACAGUGGGCCCGGUACUAAUGGAUGCCAGUUCUUCAUCACCUGCACAAAAUGUGAUUGGCUGGAUGGGAAGCACGUGGUGUUUGGCAAGGUGGUGGACGGACUGCUGGUCAUGAGGAAAAUCGAGAACGUUCCUACGGGCCCCAACAACAAGCCCAAGCUGCCCAUACUCGUAGCCCAGUGUGGGGAGAUGUAACCACCCCGGCGCCCUCCUGCCCUUCCUCCACCCCGGCGCCCUCCUGCCCUUCCUCCACCUGUUUGGACCGACUUCUUUUUCUACUCCGACUUCCUCCCCGUGUGUGGAAAUAUUUUUACUUACAAUAAUGAAAGUGUGUGUGUGUGUGUGCGUGUGUGUGUGUAUAUAUGUAAUCUUCAUGUUGUCCCCAAGAUGUCGAUGUUGACAUGAGUAGAAGUGGUGUGUGUAUGCUGGAGUGGGGAUGGAGGAUGUGGUGUGUAUGAGAGACCCCCCCCCCCCCUCCCGCAGUAGUAGACCCCCGUCCCCCACCAGUAGUAGACCCCCCCCCCGCAGUAGUAGACCCCCUGGGAGAUGCGAAGGACUGCUGCUUUACUUUGGAGCUGGCUAAAACACAUGGAAAAUAAUCUGAUUUAAUGUUCAGAACAAUUUCAAAUAUACAGUGCUGCCAAACA